GACACGCGCAGUAGCGCUUCUUGGGUCUGUAUACAAAAUGGCGGACGAUUCGGAUAGUCAACAUUACAAAUCAGACCCGAAACGAGUAGAGGAGUUAUUCAAAGAACUAGACAAAAACCAGGAUGGCAAAAUAGAUGUUAAUGAAUUAGCAGAAGGUUUAAAAAAGCUUCACGGCCCGCGAUACAAGCCGGGACAAGCUCAGCAAAUAAUGACGCUGGGUGAUGAAACACUUGACGGCCAUCUGUCAUUUGAGGAGUUUGUCAACUAUAUCACAAGCCACGAAAAAAAACUAUGGAUUGUCUUCAAAAGCAUCGACUUAGAUGACAGUGGGAGUGUAGAUGCAUCAGAAAUUAAGAGAGCAUUUGAGAAAAUGGAUAUGAAAGUGACACAGCAAGAAGUUGACUUGUUAUUAAAGAGAAUGGAUAAAGACAAGACAUUAAAGGUCAACUGGAAUGAGUGGAGAGAAUAUCAUUUACUGAACCCAAGUGGACACAGUAUGCACGACAUCAUACAGUUCUGGAGACACACAAUAUACCUGGACAUUGGAGAGGACAUGCUGGUACCAGAUGAGUUUACUGAAGCUGAAAAAAGAUCGGGCAUGUGGUGGCGGCAGCUUGUUGCAGGGGGCGGGGCCGGUGUGGUGUCGAGAACAGCCACAGCUCCACUGGACAGGUUAAAGGUUCUCUUACAGGUCCAGGCCUCAUCAACCAACAGAUUCGGCAUUGUGUCAGGGUUCAAGAUGAUGUUACGAGAGGGAGGAAUCAAAUCUUUGUGGAGAGGAAACGGAGCAAAUGUUAUCAAGAUAGCACCCGAGUCUGGGAUAAAGUUUUUUGCUUAUGAAAAGGCAAAGAAGCUAGUGGGCUCCGACACCAAGGCUCUUGGAGUAACCGAUCGUCUCUUGGCCGGAUCAAUGGCCGGUGUGGCUUCUCAAACUAGCAUAUAUCCACUUGAGGUGUUGAAAACUCGACUAGCAAUCCGUAAAACCGGCCAGUACCGUGGCUUGCUUCAUGCAGCAUCCGUUAUCUACCAGAAGGAAGGCAUCAGGAGCUUCUACCGUGGCCUCUUCCCUAGCCUUCUUGGCAUCAUUCCAUAUGCUGGCAUUGACUUAGCUGUUUAUGAGACCCUUAAAAAUUUUUACUUGAACUAUCACAAGAACCAGUCGGCAGACCCAGGCGUGUUGGUUUUGUUGGCAUGUGGCACAGCGUCCAGUACAUGCGGCCAGUUGGCCAGCUAUCCACUUUCCUUAGUUAGAACAAGACUACAGGCUCAAGCUCGCGAAAAGGGUGGUGGGCAAGGAGAUAAUAUGGUCUCAGUUCUAAGAAAAAUCAUAACUGAAGAUGGCUUCAAAGGACUUUAUAGAGGACUUGCUCCGAAUUUUCUCAAAGUUGCUCCCGCAGUCAGUAUUAGUUACGUCGUUUACGAGAAUUUGCGGUUGGGACUUGGCGUGGUAUAGCUGUUAUAUUAGUAGACAUUGGAUGCCUUGGUUCGCCAGCUUCCAUUUCCUGGUCAGAAAUCAUACCCAGAAGACAUUGAACGCGUCGAUGUGUCGGCUGUUAUUUCCUUGUCCGAAGCAAUAGCAGCAAAUAUUAGAUGCCUUGAUGCGUCGGCUGUCAUUUCCUGAUCAAAAUUCGUACCCAGUAGACAUUACUGAUCAGAAAUCAUAUCCAAAAGACAUUAAACGCCUUGAUGCGUCGGCUGUCCUGUUCUGGUCAGAAACAAUCCCAAGCAGACAUUGAAUGGCUUCAUGCGUUUUUUUUUUUUUUUUUGUCAAAUAUCAGCUGUUGAUCGGCAACUGGCCAGUAUCUCUUCAUGGAUAACAGAAAGACAUUAUAACGUUGAACAUAAUUCAACAAUGAACAUCAAUCAAUGCCGUACAUGAUUUUUAUAUCAAAUAGUUUCUACUACUUGCAGAAUAAGACGUUUAGUUGGCUUAUCAGGAACAUAACGGAUUCGGUGGCCUUGCCAACAGGUAUUUUUCAGGAUUGAAUACCAAUCCUGCUCUAGAACAUACCUCUUCCACUGCGUUUACUUAAAUAUGUCACCACAGACACUGGGAAGAAACUUUUACACGGAAAAAAUAUUGUGAGAGGUGGGUAUUUUUGUUGGCUUCGCAGAAUUGUUACGAGUUCUAAUAUAUCGCGACGGUAUUUGCAAACGGUUCGUCUAAACCCAGAUAUGUCCUGUUGUUGCCGUAGAUACUGGACUAUUCAAGACGGUUGCAUUUGAAUUAACUUUGUGGAUUUAGCAAAACGAAUUCCAAACAAAGGGAUAAUUAAAAGAUGGAUGUAAACUGUG